UGGGAGCUAAUCCUUCAGGAGUAAUUUUUAGGGAGUUAUAUGUAGGGCCAAGUGAUCGGAAAGCUUUGAUGAGGUAACUCUUGUUAGCGCAUGGGGAUCGAGGGGAUUGGUUAGGUAUUUCAGGGAUUUUUUGGAUGGAUAUCAAAAUUUAACUUUUGUGUUAGGAGCCUAUUUUUCUUAUUCUUCUUAUAAAUCCAUACUAAUAGCUCUGAUUAGGAGAUGUAUUUAGGUUUCUAAAAUAUCUAAAGCAAUAAAAAUUUAUGUACUCUUUUCUCAAAAAAUUUAUAAACCUUUGAGGUAAAUUUUAAGUUAUAAGCCAAAACUAAAAAGAUUUGUUAUUUGCUAUUUUAGGGUUUAACCAGCAAUAUAACGCAGAUAAAGAGACAGAGAUCAUAGAAGAAGGUAAGGGUAAAAUGUCUCGGAAUAAUGUUCCAGGAGAUGCUUCUGAUCUUGAAUGUGACCGCACUGUUGAUAUCUACAACUCUGUAAUUUCCCAAAACCCCGAGCUUAAAACUGAAGGAUCCAUUAUUAAAUAAGAAUUCUAAGCUCCGGAAUUAUGAUGAGAGGGAUUUAAAUUUUGAGCUAGUUUCUAAAUUUAUGAAAGAUGAGAAGAAGAGCCCGGAAAAAUCUAUCCAAAAGAUUCCUCCAAAAAAGAGCUUCCAAGUCUCUCCUUCUGGUAAGAAAACUGGAAUUGGGCUAACAUUGCGGGUUAUUUCAUCAAUCAGCGAUAUUUUUAAAUAAAGGCCUUGAGAUAAAUAUUGAUCAUUUGGGUCUUGAUGAGAAUUAUCCUUUUGCUAUGAAAUUGGAGGACGCCAAUCGGUACUACAACCUUCGUAAUCAAAAAGACGGCUAUGUAUACUUUGGGUAUAAUCAGCCGAAAUACGUGUGAGUCAGCUUAGAAAACUCUGAUUACCUCCCAACGAUACAGAAUGAUAAGAAUUAUUCAUCAAAUCGCCAAGAGAAGUAUCAGAAGAUGUACUCCCAUAUGAGCGAUGGGACCAGUGAGAAGAAUAAGAGCAUAUUGAGUUCUAACAAGAACAACUCUUCUUUUGCAAAGAUCUAUUUUAACACAGGGGAGGAGGAAACCCAGAUGGUUGACUUCUUGCUGCCUUCCAAAAAUCCAGAGGAUGAAAGCAGUAUCAUUGGACGUCAUUUCUACAUUCGAUACGAUCAGGACACCAAGAAGUACUAUGCUCGUGAUUUGGGCAUUGGGUAUGGCUUGUUUGCUCAAAUAGUUGGAGAAGGAACACCAAUUUUUCAAAAUGAGGAUUUUUCUGACUCGAAUUCAGUCCUGAUCAAUCUUGGGCAGUCAUAUAUGGUGUUGGGAUUAUGACCCAAAGAAGAGUCAGAAAGGUCAGAUGAACCACAGAGUGUUGAGAGCUCUCCUAAUGCAGUCAAUCCAGUUAGAAAAUUUCCAGAAGUUCCAAAUUUGAGUGUUAAAAUAUUCAAGGAAGGAAAUGAGUCUAGUGACUACUUGUUCGACUCAGAUAAUGAUGUUGUCUUGGUUGGAAGAAGCGAGAAAUGUCAGAUAAGAGUAGAUGAUAGGCUUCUCUCAAGAAUUCAAUGUUCUCUUAAAGUUGCUGAUGGUAAAUGGAUCAUUAAGGAUGGACAUAAAGGAAGGAAAUCAACCAAUGGAGUGUGGAGGUACCUAAAAGAUGAAUUAGAAAUUACUGGUGACACAAAGUUGAAAACUUGUCAAAUUAUACUAUCAUGAUGUUUAUAAUAUAUCGCGAUUCCCUUGAUAAAACCUUAAGAUGAGUAAGUAAGUUGCCACUAAAUUUGUGUUUAAAAU